AUUUCUAGGAUUCAAGAACAAUUUACACCAUACUUUUCUUCUGCAAACUUUUCACGUGGAUGCAGAAUUUCACACAGUGAUGACCACGUGAUUCUCACCUGCUCUACACAGAACCUGUAUUGUGUUGGUGCCAUCAUGUCAACCGACGAGCACGAAGAUAUGGAUAUGGAGGCUAUUGGUCAAGGCGCCAUGGCAUCAACAGAGGAUAUGGAGAUCCCGAAACAAAUUCAGCAAGGAGAGAGGGAUAUAGAAGAAACUAAGAGGAAAAUAGAAGAAACUGAGAGGAAAAUAGAAGAAACUGAGAGGAAAAUAGAGAGGGAAGACCCGAAAUCUAAACUAGGCGAAAUGCUGUUAGAACACCUAACCAGCCAAACACAACUCCUAACCAACCAGACAGAGCUCCUAACCAACCAGACAGAGGGCCUAAACAAACUGAGAGAAAGCCUGAGAAAAGAACAGCAACAGCUAAGAGAAGAACAGCUAAGAGAAAGCUCAUCAAAGCGCCCACGUUUGGAGAACCUUCCCCUACAAAAGAACUUGGAAAAAUUUUGGAUGAGCAACCCGUUGACCGAUGACGAUCACGACAAUCACGACAAUCACAUAGAUUUCUGUUUUGAUGCUUUUAAAACUAUUUUGCCUACCACAGAAAAGUUAACAAAGAUGUUUGUUAGGAAGGCCUAUCGUGACCUUAAUGUUCUCAUCCAUUCUCUCUACGAAGGAAAAGAAAUAAGAAAAGUGAUCGUAACUGGUACUCCGGGUGUAGGGAAAACUGUGUUCAUGCUGUACCAACUGUACAUGGCAAAAGUGAGGAAUAAGAAUGUCGUUUUGAAAUGUUUAGAUAUUGUGGCCGCUUUUAUGUCUGAUCCACGUCGUGUGUUGGUUCAUCUCGAUCAUAUAGAUCAUAUAGAUAUGCAUACGUUGCUUGGUGCCACUUCAACAUUGUAUUUUUUUGACCCUGCUGCAUCUGGUGAAGAGCUACGCAGUGACGUUCGGGCCUUCACAGUUGUGUUUGCCUCCACAAACCCACGGAACUCUAAGAUAUUUAAAAGAUCAACACAUACCAAAUUUUUCAUGCCGAUAUGGACAUUGGAAGAGCUCAUAGAUUGCCGUUUAUUAUGUUACCCAUCCAUGACUGAGAACGAGGUUGUGACAGCACAUACGAUGUGGGGGGGCUCGGCAAGGUGUGUAUUUUCGUUAAAAAGAGACCAUAAUUUACAACGACUCUCCGAAUUUGUUACGUCAGCAAGUUUGUCGGAUGUCCUUGCUGAUAUGGAAGGGUUAAAGAUGAGCCGAGACUCCUUUAAUAGCAGCCAAUGGUUGGUCCAUAUAUUCAUUCAACACAACGACUACACAAAACGCUAUCUGAAAUGGGCGUCUGAGUAUGUGAUGGAUUGUGUGAGCAAGGCCCUAUGUAAUCAAGCUAUAGCGUGGAAAGACGAGAAGAACAAAAUAACAGCUGGACCUAUUUAUGAAGGAGAUGUUCAGAGGGAGCUUCUGCGUGUGGAUCGAACGGAGAAAUUCAUAGCAAAACGCUUAGGCAAACGGAAUAAAUACGAGACAAUAACGCCCCCUCCUAAUGGUCGUAUAAGAUUUGCAAACACGUCUACUACAUUAGGGCCAGUUAAUUCAACGCAAUUGUAUGUUCCAGUUGAACCAAACAAAGAAAGUGCAGACUUUGUUUACAACGAAUGGAUCUUUCAAGCGACUUUGGCAAAACGUCAUGAUAUAAAAGCCAGAGGUAUCAAUAGACUAUCAAAACAAUUUGAUCGUUUAUCCUGGAAAGUUUGCUUUUGUGUACCAGCCUGCAAUUUUGAUAAUUUCAAAAAUGAGCAGAAAAUUACCUUGAACGAAGAACUCCUUGAAGGAACUGACAUAAAACAGUACUGUCUUCCAAUUGAUUACAAUUGGCGAUGAUUAUUUAUGAUGCACGCUAUUAGAGUCUUUGUGAAAAAGUUGUUGUUUAAAUG